AUUGCGUAGUCGCUGUUCCUUCCCCAAGCAUUGUGAUUGACAAGCUAACAAGUUAGCAAUGUCGGGGAUUGAGGAUUAUUCCAACGAUUCUGUGACAUUCAAGGAUGAUAACGAGUUUAAUGUAGAGGCAGGAGACCACGUUGACGAUGAAUUUGAUAUUCAUCGAUAUACUUUUUACAGAGACAGGAAAGAGUGGGCUGACUUGGAACCUGUUCCUCAAGAUGAUGGACCAAACCCUGUUGUCAAGAUUGCUUAUUCCGAAAAGUUCUCAGAUGUUUUUGACUAUUUCCGUGCCCUGCUGAAGAAUGACGAAAAGAGUGAACGAGCUUUCGCCUUGACAGCAGACGCGAUUGAGCUGAACGCUGCAAACUACACAGUGUGGCACUACAGGCGGGUACUAUUACAAGCGUUGUCAAAGGAUCUGAGGGAGGAAAUGAGGUACAUUACAGCCAUCAUUGAAGAUCAACCUAAAAACUACCAAGUUUGGCAUCACAGACGUAUAGUGGUCGAGUGGUUGAAUGAUCCCUCAGAGGAGCUGGAGUUCAUUGCAGACAUCCUCAGCCAAGAUGCAAAGAACUACCAUGCCUGGCAGCACAGACAGUGGGUCAUCCAGGAGUAUAAACUGUGGGACAACGAGUUGGAGUUUGUGGAAAAUCUCUUGGAUGAAGAUGUGAGGAAUAAUUCUGCUUGGAACCAGAGACAUUUUGUCAUCACACACACGACAGGGUUCUCAGAUCAAGUCAUUCUCGAGAGAGAGAUUGAAUACUGUCUGACCCAGAUCAAAAAGGCCCCCCACAAUGAAAGUGCGUGGAACUAUUUGAAAGGGAUGCUUCAAGACAGAGGUUUAUCGUCCCAGCCCGGGCUGCUUGAGAAAGUCCUGGUGCUAAAGGAGACGCGUUCUUCAUCUUACCUUCUCGCAUUUCUCUUUGAUUGCUACGAGGAUGCUUUGGAGAACGGCAGUCAGAAAGGACAAUCGGAGGAAGACCGAGUGGACACUUUAAAAAGCGCUCUGGAAAUUUGUGAACUGUUAGCCGAGGAGAAGGACACCAUCCGCAAGGAGUAUUGGCUGUUUUUGGGACGCUCUUUAAAGAACAAAUACGGAUCAAGUGAGCCAGUUGACGCUGAACUUCCGUCCCUGGCGGCUGAGCAGCAGGAGAUGAACUAGAUGCCCGAGUCCCACUCCACUCCCAUUCAUUUUCACUGUACUUUGUUGUUGUGUGUAUUGCCACUUCCCCCCCCCCCAACAAGUGUUACAGUUGGUCAAGGAGGGAAAGGAAUGAGAACGAUGGAUUAGAUACAAAGCAGAUAUGUGUAAAGUCCUUCCUUCAAAAUUCUGCACAGUCAAGCUUCAUUCAUGUAGUUCUUUUUUUCAUUUGGCUGUUGUUGGUGCACUUUUUAAAAAAAAAAACAAAUUAAAUUCUGUUCAAGUGACAUGUUACUUAAAUCCAUUGUCUCACUUCUUUCCGUUCUUUGCUGGUUCAGUAAAAAGAAGGUAAGGCAGCUUUAUCUGAACACUAUUUGUUCUGCUUGCUCCUCUGAGUCGUGCCCAUGCGGCAAAAGUAACCCUCACAAACACAUUAGUACUCAGCAACAUGCCCCAAACGCUAAAUCGAUUGACUUGACUUCAUCCAGCUGUUUUCUUCAUUUCAACGUGUGCUCCCCCUCUGGUUUUGAACUGAAUACAGCAGACUGCGUGCUUGCUACAACAGCACUCCUGCUUCUUGGCUCAUUUGUACACAUCGUCAGCAUUUACAUAGAAUUACCAGAUGGUGUGCUGACCUGUGAAAAAUCGCUUUUGUACGACAAACCAGGUAGUAACUGUUCACUUAAAAGUAUUUGGUGUUUAAUAAAGCAGCCGGAUCAACUUCAUCUUUAUGUGGGGACAUGAAGCAUCAACGUGUGUGCUGACAGCGCUCUCUGCUGGUUGAAUGUUGAAGGCUUGCUGUAUAAUUGAAACGCUGUACAAAAUAAACCGAAGUGAGACUUUA